AUGGAGACUAUAAGGGUAAAAUAUGAUUCUAAGCUUUUACCUAAGGUAAUCAAUCUGUCAUGCCAAAAAACCCCGAUUCAAUUGAAAAUAUCAUCCUUAAAGAUGAAAUUCGAGGGGAUGGCCAAACUAUUCAGAGUAAAUAGAGGAAGGAAGCUUCGGAAUUCAAGGUUUGGAGCCAAGUCGUUCAUUGUCAGAAGAAGGAAGCCAUCCAAAUUAAAUAGAAAGCAAAAUUUUUUUUCAAUAACUAGUCCUUUGAGAGAGAGGAGAAGAAGAACUCGAAAGACUAUGCAAGUACCCAGAGUGCAUGUAAAGAGCCCUCCUCCAAACCUCAACUCUGGAGAACUCUUAAGCCCACUAGGUUCGGAUUUAGAGCAGGAGAAAGAGAGAUAUAUGACUAUCAUCAUGAAAGCCCAGAAUGCUUUAAGAAAUAACUCUCGAGUUUUUGGCUCCCCAUGUGUCCUCAAAAAGUUUUUAUCUGAAAGACGUUCCUUUAAAAGUCAAGGCAAUGUAAGAGGCCAAUCUUUCACCUCAGAAGGUCUCGAAGCCAGUGGCCCUGGUAAGAGAAAGAAGUUUCUUAAUAAAGUAAACAUCAGGAAGUUAAAUAUCACCAAGAAAUCAGCAUCAUUUACUGCAAAGAAUAUGACCUCAUAG